AAACCGGUCCGUGUAAUGAUUGUGACAAAUUUGUUGUUUGUUAUUGCAAAAAUAGCCCCACUUGUGAUGAGUUUAAGUAAUCUGGCCACGUGAUUAAAAAAACAGGUCAUAAUUAGUUAAUUAGUCAGUUGCGGCGGUGCCAAAUCGCCUUGUCACAAUAUCAAGAAUGUAGUGAAUUAAGGUGUAAAUUGUACGGUUUAGGGGUUACACUAGAGUUUCGUGUUUGUUUUCAUGUGUUGGAUGUGGCAACAGGGCUCACCUUUCACGUACUCUAACCUCCAAUCGCGCAUCGAAUUUGCGCACCACACAAGCUGUGGGCACGCGGCCUCCAUCCCCACCUCCGGUCACGGCACGCCAGAUACCUUCUUUCUUCCCUUCGUUUCGGUCACGUAGGCGAGGUCGCGUCCUCCACAAGGCUCAACGGUCGCCCUCCAGGUGUCGACGAGGCCUGGUGCAGCCCUUCGUGCCCUCCUCGUUCGUCCACCGCCCCCAGUCGGCCAGGGAAACAAUCGAAUCACGCGCACUCCCAUUGGUCGAUACAGCAAAACACGCACGUGAUGUGGUGGCUCUUGUAGUGCUGCUCUAAGUGUCGUGACGUCCAGAAUUACGCACACCGGCUUCAGUGUCAAAAUGAGCUUGAACACCCUAAUUGAAGCAGCGAAAUUUUUGGAAAUGCAAGAACAGAAAGAACAGCAACAGCAACAAGCGGGGCCAUCAAAGACUUCGCCCCCGAUCCCCACCACCAAACUCUCAACUGUUUUAAUAACAUCGCCCGAGUUACUCACACUGACGCAAGAAACAACGGCUAAGAAAGCAGCCCCCCAGGCUGAGCAACAACAUGUUGUGUCUAGUACAGUGACACAGCAUCCUCGACGCAUCCUCCACAACAGUUUUGACAUAAUGAACCCCCUUGUGAUUGAUGAAACAAAUGCCGAAAUUAAACGAAAACAGCCUCCUUUAGUGUUUCGUGCGGGCACAAGAGAAGUGCACAAUAAAUUGGAGAAACAUCGACGAGCACAUCUCAAAGAGUGUUUCGAUGUAUUAAAAAAGCAAUUACCACAAACACAAGACGAAAAAAAAACCUCAAAUUUGAGUAUUUUGCAUUCGGCUUUGAGGUGCAUCCAAUCGUUGAAACGCAAAGAACGCGAAUUGGAGCACGAAAUGGAGAGAUUAGCGAGGGAUAAAAUCGCCGCUCAACAAAAAUUAGCAGUCUUGAAGAAGGAUAUAUCAUCGCAUUAUGAUAAUGUGGAUUUUUCGAAAAUUUUACCGGAUGUGGCGGCGGUUACAACCACCGAGGAGGUGGUUAAAGUCGAGCCGGUUAGUAGUACGAGUCAAAAUGGGGGCGAAAGGAUACAAAUUCCACUCUUGACGAAUAAAACACAGAUUUCUAUCGCCACAACUCAAGUUGGGACAAUCAAAGAGGUGACUCAACAACCAGUUCAAACAACGGCUCUUUCAGUCCUUCCGGUCGGUUAUUCGGUACCACAAGGUUUAGUUUUGCAAAAACUUAUCGUCCCUAAAGGCAUAACCGAGCUGACACCCCUUGUAUCAACCCAUUUUAUUACCCAACAACAAAUAAAUGGCAAAGUUGUACCAUUGGUAAAUGCCCAAUACGUGGUAAAACCAGUGGUUGUUGUAAGCAGACCGAGCUAGUAGCCUUUGGCCCUCUCAAUUACGGUGUGACUGAGACAGCAUGAAUGUUUCAAACUAACUCUUUAUCAUGUGAUUUUUUUAAUUUACGGUGAUUAUAUUUUUUUUGUUAUUAGGUUGGACACUAUGACGUCUUUGGAGCCCAAUUUGGCUACACCACAUUCCAUUAUUGAUUUUAAAAGAUUUUUUUAACCGAUUAGAGAAUCUAGUCAUUUUUUAUUAAUGAUUUUUAAAUAGAAAUUGUCGAGUCUAGUCGAUUGGGUUUCCGGUCAUGGGGUUUCGCACUGUCUGAAAGAAACUGGGCCGAAGCCCCGUUCUUAGAUCUCUGGCCUUGAUGUAUUACUUUUAUUUUAUAUUAUUAUUGUACUAUACAUGCAAAAAAAGAAGAAAAAAACCUAUAUAUGUAUAUCUGAGGUUAAGUGGAUGUUUUACGAAUGAAGAUAUUGUUGUAAAUAAUAAUUAGUUUUUAAAUUGUACAAAAAUAAGAUUUAAGAUAAACAAAUGUAUUCAUUCUA